AUGAGUGCCGGAUUGUCCCCGCCCAAUGGAACUGGUGGGAAUAGUACCACCGGCAGUCCGCGGCCGAGGCCAACCUCUGCGGUCAACUUUGGCCCAGAGCUGCUGAUUGCCAUUUGGACAAUGAAUGCGUUGUCCAUUAUAGUUGUGGCGAUGCGCUCAGUGAGCAAUGCCAAGUUUGGCAAUUUUGAGAUCAGUGAUAUAGUCACUUUAUUGGCACUGACGCUGCUUGUGAUUGCCGCAGUGCUGUCAAGUGUCGCAGUGGACUAUGGGUACGGAAAGACCGCCAGCUCGUUGGAGCUGCAUCACGCAAUGAGCUCCCUCAAGUACUCCACUAUCAGUCAGGCCGUGGUAACGCUUGCUGCAACUGCCGGUCGUCUGGCGUUUAUCAUUUAUCUCAUCGAGCUGCUGGCAGCCCGAAAGUUACACCGGAUCACCCUAUGGACUCUCGUGCCAUUGCAGGUGAUGGUCAAUAUCAUCAGCGUGUUCUUACUGUUCUUUCAAUGUUCGACACAUGUGGAGGAAUUAUUCAACCCAAGCCAAAGCACCCAUUGCAUGUCGCUGAAGAUUCAGAUUGACUAUGCUUAUUUUCAGGGUGCAUUCAAUUCCGCCUGUGAUCUCCUUCUCGCCUCUUUUCCAAUAUACAUCUUCUGGCGAUUUAAUUGGAACGUCAGAGUCAAGCUUGUUCUAAUCUCUCUCCUGAGUUUGGGAGUAUUAGCCAUGGCUGCUUCACUAGUCAAAACUAUCGAAUAUCCAACCAUCAUGACCUCUACCAACCCUCGCACCAACCACGUCACCCUUCUACGGUGGAUGUUCGUCGAAGCAGGCGUGGUGCUCAUCACCGCAUCUAUACCCUGUCUCCGACCGCUUGUUGUCCACUGGAUCAAGAAAUUCAUCAAACGAGCACCCACUUUACACACGAGAAUGGACAACCCCGAAGCUACGCAGAGCACGACGCUUAAUGUCAGUCAAAUGACGCAGGACUGGAAGAAACGAUGGAUCAUGCCGUACAUGCAGCAAACUCAGUCUGGGGAGAACUUGGAGCAACAUAUCCUGGCUAAUAUCUCGACACAUAUCUUUGCUGGCGACAGGGAGUUUCUCGAUCGACAGGUUCCGGGUAUUGUCAAGAAGGUGGAGGUUACUGUGGUGGCGGAUGAGAUUCCGUUGACGGAGGUUGAGCAUACGUGA